CGUCAUAGUCUUAACACAGCAAGAAGCGCACAUUGGAAAGUAUACAAAGUAAUACAUAAAUAGAGCAAAAAAAUGUCAAAUUCAUCGAGAUCUAGCUCGCUUUCUGAGUCUUCGAUCGAGACAAACGCAUCGAUUUCUUCAUCGGAAUUCAUGACGGCAAAUUCGGACGAAUCUAAUUCGGAAAUUUUGCCAUUUGCCGAUAAUAUUGAACCGCUUGCUUCGCCCGAUGAAAUUGCUGAGUACGAAGCUGCAGUCGCAGAAGAACAGCAGGUUGAGGACAUGCUGCAAGAUCGUUUUGAUGCCCGUGUUGAUGUUACUUCAUGGUGUGAAUGUGGCCAUUGUUCGUUGGAUCUUGUUGUCAACCCUCAAGAGUGCCGAUGCUGCAUGGAAUUAGAGCAAUGCCGUGGCAAAAUGAAUCAGUUCGAAGUCGAUGAAAGGAAAUGCAUUUUGGAUCACCCUGGCUUUAACGAAGUUUGCCUGAACGAAUUUGUUCUUCAAGCAGCUUCGUUAGGUUUAAAGACCAAAGGUCAUCGCAGUUAUGCGACCGUUUUUCGAGAUGGUCAAAAGACCAGAGAGGAGUUCUUUCGAGCAGUAUCGUACAGACAACUCGUGCGUCUUGUAUGGGACUUUACAGGCAGCUCCAGACAUUUCCGUGUAAUUAGGUGCAUCGGGCGUAAUCUGUUGGUCCUGUAAGAAUAUUGAGGAAUAGUUGUUUUACGAAGUGCACGUAUGUGUGAAGAGCAAUUGUUGGCUUUACAUAUGCAUCAUUCUCAGAUUGGUCUGGAAUUUCAGUUGUGCCUUUUUCUUCUUGAAAAUAGCACGAAUCUUCUUUCUUCAUGCAUGAUACAGACACUUCAUUUUGUAUUUCCUUUAAAACCUUAGUAUAAAUGUAUAUUAUAUAUUGAAAGUUUGC